AGAGUGUUGGUUCCUCGUUUAUCCGGUCAGUUAUACGUAAUGUACCGUCAGGGUGAUUGUUGUAGCAACUGUUUGUUGUAUCGAAAUUGAUACUAGCACAGUACGCAGUUCGCUCCAUUUCUAGAUAGGGUAUAUUAACGUAAUUAGAAGUGUCGCAGUGUGUAGCUUAACAGCAGUUCGUGUUAUUUUUGGCCAAAUAAGAGUUAGUUAGCUUUGAAAGUGAUUUAUUAGCUUAUUUAUUAGUCUUUAGCUAAGUGCUAAAUUGGCACUUCACUUUGACUUAACACCGUGCUAACUAAAAGGCACAUAAAAGUUUUAAUAAAUAUCAUAUUUUUCCUCUAGCAAUAGCUACGUAUUAGUUGCAUUAUUAUCAUUAUUUUCACGCUGUGACUGACUCGACAUUAACAGUCCCAGCAACAGAAUGCCGGCUGUCAACAGUCUUGUCCCUGCACGUUUUCUCACCAUCUUAGCUCAUCUUGUCAUCGUUAUCACCAUCUUUUGGUCGAGGGAAAAUAAUGUGAAGGCAAGUUUACCUUUGGAUUUCACAAAAGAGCAGUUUGACGCUGAAGACAGACAGUUGGUGGUGGCAUUGGCGGUCACUCUCGGUCUGUUUGGUAUAGAGCUGGCUGGUUUCUUUUCUGGGGUUUCUAUGUUUAACUGCAGCCAAGGACUCCUGUCAACAGGAGUCCAUGCCAGUGCCUCAGUAGCUCUGCUUUUCUUUCUCUUUGAGCAGUGGGAGUGUGUCAUCUACUGGUGGAUCCUUGCCAUUUGCAGCUUUAGCUGUCCACUGCAGCGCAUCAGUGUCCUUGUCUUUCUUUGUGUUUGAGAAGUGGGAAUGCUGGACUUACUGGGUGAUAUUUGGCACUUGCAGUGUCCUACCUGCUUUUGUGGAGAUUCUUCUGUUUAUCGCAGUUUUUGGACUGAAGAAGAAGCCAUUAUGAAAACAAAAAUUAUAAGAGGAAGAUUCAGAUAAGUGUGGACAUGGAUGCCUGUUAGUGUAUCUACAGAUGCAGUGACCAGAAGAUCUUUUGAGUCAGUGAUGACCUCACGAAAUUGGUUGAAGUUGUUUGUUAAAGCACAGCACAAACAAAUGUAAAUGGUCUCAAGAAGCCAGUUUAAUACUUUUUUAUAUAUAUAUUUUUGAUACAUGUUGAAUAAAAUAGAUGCAGAAAAAUUAUUUUCUGUAUUUUGUUUACUUUUAGUAUCCUGGAGCCUUUAGUUUGCAAAGGAUUGACCCUUUUAAGUUUCUAUUAACUUUGUCUAGAGAAGUAAACACUGAAAUAACACUGAUGUUAUUUUUCUGUUGUAGUUAUUCUGUACACCUUAUGAAAAAUCUUAAAAUAUUUAUUUUGUGAUCAUGCCCUUUGUAUUAAUUUAAUCUUUUUUUUUUACAUACCUAUAUCACAGCAUGUAAACUAAUUUUAUCUACUUUAAUUUGAUUAUUUACCACAGCCGUGAAUCUAGUACUAUUUGUGAUGUCCCAGAAAAUUCCUUAGACUUGGAUAACAAAUAUUUGCAGAAUGUCACAAUUCUAAUCUGUUGGAGAAACAAGGAAGAAGUAAAGGUAUUGCUUUCUUUUGGUGCAGGACUGAAAAAUAUCUCCUUUUUUUCUUGUACAAAACAGACAUAUGUGCUAUGAGUAAAAAUGUUGAUGUUUACAUAAAACAAAAAUACUAUUAAAUUGAUUUUUGAAAAUUUGAAGCUAUCCGUAAAGUUACAUUCUGCUAAUGUUUUGGGUCAUUAUCCUGAUGUGCGAGUAAUGCGAACAAAAGUGAUCCAUAGUUCAAAGUUUUAAGUAAUGAGAUAAUUAUGUUCUCAAGGGUGUUUUUAAGUUAAGGGAUUAGUAGAAAGUUGGAUUUUUGAGUAAAACUGCUGAUUCUGAUUACAACAGCAAACUGGAAUGAAUGAUAAUAAUAAUAAUAAAAAACACAUUUAAUCAAUAUGCUACAGAAAGCAAUCAAAUCUUAAGU